AUGAGCCAAAAUCAAAAUUUAAUCAUUCCGGUGGAUACUCAAAUUGAUUCGGCAUUGGAGGAGAAUGAACCACAAGUUACACCAACUGAAACCACUUCAUUACUUGAAAAUGCCGAGCCUUUCCGACGAUAUAGUCAUUUCCCCUCGAAUGAUAGUAAUAAACCUUUUGUCAAUAGAAGACACACCUGGAACCCUUCACAAAUUCGUAAACUUACAGCUCCUAUAACACAUUAUAAAAGGCGAAGCGGCUUUUAUGAUGAAGAUAAGCAUGAGUUAGUUCGUGAAGGUGGCGGAAUUCGUGUCUGGUAUGAUGAUUACACAACUAUUGAUUGGAUCCAUGAUUAUAUUAAGGAACGCGUCCGAGUUCGUAAAUUGUACUCUCGUAAAGGAUUUUCAGGAUGGGUUAUAAAAUCUUGGGAUGGUUUACAAGGAUGGAUUUUGGUAUUUCUUAUUGGUGUUGUUGUUGCAUGCGUUGCUGGCAUAGUUGAUGUAACUGCUGAAUGGGGUUCAGAUUUAAAGGAUGGAUAUUGUUCAAAUGGUAUUACAUUGAAAAAACAAUUUUGCUGUGAAAAUCAAAAACCUGAAUCAUGUGCUGAAUGGGUUGAAUGGUCCAGUGCAUUUAAAAUGGAAGAUCCUGAAAAAAGUGCUUGGUUUAAUUAUUUUGCCUAUGUGUUUAUUGCUUUUUGGUUUGCAGUUGGAUCAGCCAUACUUGUGAAACACAAUUCACUUUAUGCAUCACCUUCUUCAAAACGUUCAAUAAGAUCAAACAAUGAUUCACAAAAAAGUAGACAACCUAAACCAUAUGCUUCUGGUAGUGGUAUACCUGAGGUUAAAACGAUUUUAAGUGGCUUUGUUAUUCGUGGAUUCCUUGGUAUAAGAACACUUUGGGUUAAAGCCAUUGCAUUGGCAAUGGCAGUAUCAUCUGGAAUGACUCUUGGAAAAGAAGGCCCAUUUGUUCAUAUAGCAUGUUGUAUUGGCAAUGUGAUAAGUAGAUUAUUCCAUAAAUAUAAUAAAAAUGAAGGGAAAAGAAGAGAAAUAUUAUCUGCAUCAGCUGCAGCUGGUGUAAGUGUAGCAUUUGCUGCACCAAUUGGUGGUGUAUUGUUUUCUUUGGAAGAAGUUAGUUAUUAUUUUCCAAGUAAAACUUUGUGUAGAAGUUUCUUUUGUGCAAUUGUAGCAGCCGUUUCUCUAAAGGGAUUAUUUGGAGCACUAUUAUGUAAAUGCAUUGUUUUAUACACCAAAUAUAUUAGAAAUGGCACCAGGCUUAAACAAUGGCCAAUAAUAGAAGUAGCAAUGGUUGUUAUUCUCACUUCAUCUCUUAAUUAUUUAAAUCCUUUUACAAAAAUAUCAAAUACUGAUUUGGUGGCAAAUUUAUUUAGUGAAUGUUCAGAUGAAAAAGAUUCAUUAGGUCUUUGUGUAUAUUCGGCCAAAGAUGUAUAUCCAAUAUUUCAUUUACUUGCAGUGGCCUUAAUGUCCAAAUUUUUAACAUGUAUAAUAACUUUUGGUAUAAGAACCCCAGCUGGUAUAUUUAUACCUGCAUUAUUAAUUGGUGCAUGUUUUGGUAGAAUGCUGGGAUUGGUUGUACAAUGGCUUACCUUUCAGUAUCCAGACUCUCCAGUGUUUGAACAAUGUAAUCCAAGAGCACCAAAUGAUUGUGUGAUACCUGGUGUAUAUGCAAUGGUAGGAGCUGCUGCUUCUUUAGCUGGUGUGACUAGAAUGACAGUUUCUUUAACAGUAAUUAUGUUUGAAUUAACAGGUGCAUUAACAUAUGUAUUACCAAUCAUGACUUCAAUAAUGAUAUCUAAAUGGGUAGCAGAUGGAUUUGUUCAUCAUGGAAUUUAUAAUUUGUUGAUUGACUUGAAUGAACAUCCUUUUUUGGAUGCAAAUGCUGAAUAUAUUCAAGCAACAAAUACAUUUGAUUUGAUACAAAAAGAUUUAGAAAUUAUUGAUGUUAAUGAUUUGAAUACUGUGGGUGAAUUAAAAGCAAAAUUAAAAAAUUUAUCAAUUUCAGGUUAUUCAGACACUGGAUUUCCAAUAAUAGAUAAUAAUAUGUUAGUAGGAUAUAUAGCAUCAACAGAAUUGGAACAUGCAUUAAAUGAUUUAUCGCCAAAAUAUGAUGCCACAACAAGAUGUUAUUUCAAAGAACCUGAAUUUAAUGUUAUUCAAAAUCCUGAUAAAUUUGUAGAUUUUACUGUUUAUAUGGAUCAAGCUCCAUUAACUGUAUCAAAAAAUUCAUCAUUAGAAGUUAUAUUAGAAUUAUUUAAAAAAUUGGGAUUAAGAUAUGUUUGUGUGACUGAAAAUGGUCAAUAUGUUGGUACGCUUGCUCUCUCAAUAAAUGAGGAAUAUUCAGGACAUUUUCCAUGGUAG